AAACCGAACUUGAAAGUAGGUAGAGUUUGUUAUUGGUUCUUGUUUCGCUCCGAAGCCCUUUCUCCGGAUUCUCCUACUUUCCUCCCUCCUGAAAAAAAAAAACAACAUUUCUAAAUUUCAGUUCCACCAGGAUAGAGGACCCGCGUGAAACCCAGCCGGCUAAUGUGGUUUCCUCUCUAAAUACUGUAAUUUAUUUUAUUCUCUAAUUAGUUUCCUUGAAGGUAGAAGGGUAACUAUACCUAACUCUACCUCUGGUUAGAGUUAGCCUCUCCCCGCCAGGGCCCGAAAUAGCACGUGAUCAAAGAGAUGACAUUCAAACUUUUGGUCAGAAUUAAACGGCAAAAUAAAAAUUUUGCCGAGAAAAGGUGAAACUUGAACAGGAACGAGAGUUGAAUGAUGGCAGUUAUCCAUGGUUCAGGAUCCGUGAAGUCUGGGCGGGCAUACCGUAUCAGCGGAGGCAGCACGAAUAUGCACGUGACUAAACGGCAUAUGUAACGCAAUCCGCUACGACACAACUCCAGACAGAAUAUGGCGAAAAACUAUGACUACCUGUUCCGGCUUCUGUUGGUCGGAGAUAGCGGUGUUGGAAAGACUUGUAUACUUAUUCGGUUUGUGGAGAACACCUUUACUUCUUCGUAUAUAUCGACCAUUGGAAUAGACUUCAAAAUAAGGACACUUGAAAUCGAUGGAAAAAAGGUUAAGCUUCAAAUCUGGGACACUGCUGGCCAAGAAAGAUUCUACACAAUAACGGCCACUUGUUACCGCAGAGCUAUGGGCAUCAUGGUAGUGUAUGACGUCACAGACGAGAAGUCCUACAUGAACGUUUCAAAGUGGAUGAGUAAAAUAAAAGAGAAUGCUGGAGGAAACGUCAACAAAAUCCUGAUCGCAAACAAGUGUGACCUCGAAGAAAAGCGAAAGAUAACCAGAGAACGAGGCGAGUCGCUGGCUAUAGAUCUUGAAAUUCCUUACGUGGAAAUGAGUGCUCUGGCAAGCUCAAACAUCGAUGAAGCAUUCACGAUUUUGGCAAGAGACAUUUUGAACAGGGUUUUGCUGUACGGUGAGGAUGAAUUAGCGCAGUCUGAGAGCAUACAACGACUGGACACAUCGACAAAGUCUUGCAUGUCGUGCUGACUCUAGGUUGUAAAAUCAUCUGAACAUUGAAGUUAAAGAGCCAUGAUUUUAGCACUGACUGGAUGAUUUUGGCAUGCAUUGAAUAAAUCUAGUUGAAGUCCCUUUUUCUCUCUUCUUUUAUACUGUUGUUGGCCGUGACUGUUUUGUCACGCAACGCGAACGUGAAGGCUAAAAGAACAAAAUCCUUCAGGAAGAGGCUUUAUAUAGAUAUUUGUGUAAACAGGUGGGACUGUUAACUUCGGGUCAAGCGUUUUAAGGUUAGAGAGAGAAAAUUAGAAACGUGAACAAAAUAAACUC